GCCGCAGAUUCUGGUGUCUUUGGGACGAUCUCAGCAAUGGGAAGAAGCCAUCGCAGAAUUCCACCGAGCGGCAAAGCCAAAGGCGAUGUUUGGCGGGUUGGACCUUCAUUGCUACAAUGCCGCAAUAACUGCAUGCCGCUUUGGAGCAGCUUGGCAGGCUGGCAUUGCCCUGCUUCAGCGUCUGUUGGAUUGUGCAGGACCUAAACCCGACCACAUCACGUUUGCAUCGAGCAUUCUGGCUGUUGGCAAUGGACUAUCAAAAGGCCGCUGGGAAAUGAUGCUGGCCAUGUUGGAGGCAAUGCCAGCUCGCCGAGUUGAACCAAGAGCUUCUGUUUUCAACGCUGCAAUCAAAGUUCUAGAUCUUGCUGGGCGAUGGAAGGAAGCUAUCCACCUUUUCAGCAGUAUGAAUGGUGAGGGUGGCCCAGCCAGCUCAAAUAUCGCCAGCCUCAACUCGACCAUUACAGCUUGUGGCAACAACACACAGUGGAAGCCUGCAUUGGCUCUCUUUUGGCAGGCAGCUGAGCAGAGGGCAUCUCGGUCCACUGUGAGUUACAAUGCGACUAUAGUGGCUUGUGGACGAUCCUCGCAAUGGCAAAGAAGCCUCUCCCUGUUGGAGGAGCUGGGCAUUUCACUGACACAAACUUUGCCAAACCAGUCGGGUGAGUUUGCAGGCCGAGCAGAUGAGCUCAUGUUGGAUGAUGGAAGACCUGCGACACCGAGACUACAAGAGACUGGAUUGACCACAUCCAACAUCCAAGGACAGACAGCUGCAAGGGCACCAUUCCUUCUGCAGGGCUGCAAUGCAACGCUCGUGGGCUGUGAAAGAGCAUUCCACUGGCGGAAGGCUUUGCAACUGCUCGUGGCCAUGCAGGAGUCUCAAGUGGUUCAUGGUUCAGGUUCAGGCGUUUCCUGGCCAACCCCUGAUGUGUUUAGUUUCAACACGGUGAUCUCUGCUUGUGAGAAGGCUUUUUGCUGGGACUUGGCAUUGAACUUGUUGGCACAGUUGAUGGCUGGCAGACGGCUUUAUCCAGAUGCAAUUAGUUUCAACAGCACCACACGUGCUUUGACAAGGGUCAGCCAUUGGCAACUGGGGUUGGAGCUUCUAGGCACAGCUAGACAAGCUCGACUUGAGCUGAAUGCCACCAGCAGCUUGAUGAUUGUGUCUGCAUAUGGUCGUGGGAGCUGCUGGCAGGGUGCGUUGUGUGAGUUUGAGAGAUUUCGACUCAUCUCUCCGGAGAUGAAGGUGCAACAGCAAAGCGACCAUGCCACGACGCCGCAGAACCUUCGGAAUGCAGUAAUCAGCGCUUGCGAGCAGUCGAGUCGAUGGCGUGAGGCAGUUCGUUUCUUCUUUGCUGCUGACUGCGGAGAAGGCAAAGAUCAACGGAGACAAGACAUCCUGGAUGAGGUGUCUUUGAAUACAUCGGUGAGUUCAUGUGCCAGCCAGAAGCACUGGGAACUAUCCAUUCAAAUGCUGGAUUUACGAAGGUACCUUCCAAGCAGCAUCGAGCCGAUUGGUGCUGCUGGCUUUGGGGCGGCUGUUCUUGGAUGCACGAUGGCAGGGGCGUGGGUACUUGCAGUGGCCUUAUUGAGCAGUGCGACCAGCCUGAAAGGCUGGGGAAGACAUGGAAGACACCUUGGUGGACUUGCAAUGGCACUGCUCGCUGCUGUCCAUUCUUGCGAGUGGUAUUUGCAGGCAUUGUCUCUUCGUCAAGUACUGAAAAAACUGGAGGCUGCCUCGGAAGCUCGAGUUCUGCUACUGGAUUUGGUCCUUCCGUUUCCAGGCGUGAAAGAUGAUGGAUUUCGAGCUGAGAUAGCCGGAGUGCUGUACAGGCACAAUGCAGGCGAGGCAGCCCUUUCUGCGGCCCAAAGAAGGACCAGAUUGAACUUUAUGCCCUAUGCACCUUCGACACGGUGGUCUUAG